GGAAGCUGGCAGAUCUGAACGGUUUGGGGUAAAAUUAACGAUUAAAAAAAGAUAAAACAUGUUUUUAAUCCUGCAGAAAUAUGGGAGGGUUUUCUACAGCAGUGUUUUCUUCAAAAACGUUUAUAAAAGCUGACGCUAUCAAGGAUUUAAAGACUAGUGAAGAACGUUUGAAUACUGUUCAAUCCUUAAUUCCUCGAGACAUUACGUCCUGUCUCUUCAAGAAUCUAGAUAACGGUACGGUACAUACUGUACAUGAUGAGGAAAAAUGCAGUCAAGAAAAUCCAGAAAAUGAGGAAGAAUCAUCGAUAUUUACAAGAACCGUUCUAGCAGAGCAGUUAGGGUUUACUCCCGGAGAGAAUGUCUCUGUCCUGUCUCGUAAACUUGAAAUCCAGUAUUUAGAGGAUAAAGGACGCUUUCAGGUCGCCAAGGAAGCGAUAAAAAGAGGAGAGAUAAUUGCCAUCGAAGAUCCUAUUGCAAUUUUCCCAAUUAUUAGUGAAAGUAAGAGGUUUUGUAAUUACUGUUGUAAGUUACUUGAACCCGCAGUACAGUUAGCUGAAUCAUGUGAACCUGCAGUACAGUUAGCUGAAUCUUGUGAACCCGCAGUGCAGUUAUCUAAAUCUUGUGAACCUGCAGUACAGUUAGCUGAAUCUUGUGAACCUGCAGUACAGUCAGCUGAAUCAUGUACAAAAUGUGAGGAUGUUAGUUGGUGCUCUGGUAAAUGUAAACAACGAGCUCUUAACUCUCAUCAUAGGUAUGAGUGUAGGAUACAGUUGACCAGCGUGCUGAAAGAAGAAGCAAAAUCUCUUGGAAAACUUUUUCUUGUCUUUAGAAUAAUUACUCAGAAACCUCUUCAGUUCUUCAGGUUAAACUAUGACCAGUUUCUUGAAUAUAAACCAUCUCGAGGUUCAAAUAAGAAUGAUGAAAUCUCAAGCUCUUACUCUUCCCUCUUCAACCUUGUCAGACAUCAGAUCAAUUCCAUUGAUCAGCAGAUUGAGUUGGAUAUAGUAGCGGUCAUCAUGCUUAGAAUGCUUCGAAUGUCUGGUUACUUCGGAUCUAAUAGUUCGGAUGAAUCAAUUGAUGAAACUUUCUCUUCGGAUGAAAUAUUGAUAGGAAACCUGAUUGAAGAUCUAGUUCGUAUUGUGAAUGUGAACACACAUCCUGUUCACCAAGAAGAAGAACAGGAAACCAUAGCAGCUGCUGUAUAUCCAUGUCUAGCUGCAAGCUUGAACCAUUCUUGUAAUCCUAAUCUUGUGAGGGUGAGCGCUGGAUCAUCAAUUAUUGUUGUAGCAGCCAGGGAUAUUGAAAAAGGGGCUGAGUUGACGGACAUGUACACUGUACACUGGACGGAAUAUGAUACGGUCACCAGACAGGAAUAUUUACAGAAAAAUUUUCACUUUACGUGCAACUGUGAGGCCUGUGUGGAGGGCUGGGAUCCUUUGGAGGAAUCAGAAUUCGACUCAACCUUAAACCAGGAAAAUGGGAACACUGAUCCCGUUGAGAGAACAGGAGGUUUAGCGAACAGAUUACAAGAUGUUGAGAGAACAGGAGGUAUGGAAAACAGAUUACAAGAUGUUGAGAGAACAGGAGGUAUGGAGAACAGAUUACAAGAUGUUGAGAGAACAGGAGGUAUAGAGAACAGAUUACAAGAUUUCUAUCUACGGUCUAGAACAGAAUCAAUCCUAAUCAAAAUUGUUUCCAAGUUAUUAUCGUAAAAUUACUUUUAUUGCGUCAGCCGCGUAAAUAUACAUCUUUAAAAUUAA